AUGGCGGCACGUAAACUGAUUGCUCGUAUCAACCCAUCGAACAGUGCUCUUUUCGUCUGUGAUCUACAAGAAAAGUUUGCAUCAAACAUCAAAUACUUCCCGGAGAUUAUUACAACUUCAAGACGUUUGAUUGAUGCUGCACGGAUUCUGAGUAUUCCAACUGUUGUCACUGAACAAUAUCCAAAAGGACUCGGUCAUACUGUUCCACUUCUCAAAGAAGGUCUGGCUGAAAAUACUCAAAUUUUCGAUAAAACCAAGUUCUCGAUGUGCAUUCCGCCAACUGAAGAUACCUUGAAAAAUAUUCAAAACGUGAUUUUGAUUGGAAUUGAAGCUCACGUUUGUGUACUUCAAACUACAUACGAUCUUCUGGAACGCGGUCACAAUGUUCACGUUGUCGUAGAUGCUGUUAGCAGCCGCAGCCAUACCGAUCGUCAUUUCGCUUUCAAGCAAAUGGAGCAAGCUGGAGCUAUCCUAACAACUUCUGAAGCAACUAUUCUCGGACUAGUUGGCGGAUCGGAUCACCCCAAGUUCAAGGAAGUUCAGAAGUUGAUCAUGACUUCAGCCCCUGACACUGGUCUUGUUCCUUUGUCGAAGCUCUAA